AUGCAGGACUGCGGAGGCAACCUGACGGCGUUUCCGCUUCCGGCGAGGAUCUACUCUCCGGGUUACCCGAGGGCCUACGACUCGAACCAGUUGUGCCGUUGGGUCAUCACCGCGACCGAGGGCAACAUCACGGUGCGGUUCCUCAGUGUUCUGAUCGAGGAGUCACCCGAAUGCGAGUUCGACAACGUCGAUGUCCUGAUUGGCCCGAGCCAGGACUCUGUGGGUAAGAUGUGCGGCUCCAUCGAGAACCACACCAUCGCCACCAACUCCUCAUCCGUCACGGUAGUCUUCAAGUCGGACGAGUCCUACGAGGAGAGGGGGUUCUCCAUGGAGUUCCAUGCGGUCAUUGACCCCUCGGGUUUCGCCGAAGAAUGCGGCGAUACACUGGUGGGCGAAGAGGGCAACGUGACGAGCCCUGGGUACCCGCUCCCAUACCCACACAAGAGCAGCUGCUGGACGCUCAUAAACGUCACACCCGGCCGUGUCAUCGUCAUGCGCUUCGAAGAUUUGGCUCUGGAGACGGACGACUUGUGCGCGUUCGAUUUCGUCGAGAUCUUCGACGGCCCUUCCGAAGACUCUCCAUCUUUCGGUCGAUUCUGCACGGAGUCCCAAAAGCGGACCCUCCGCUCAACAAGCAGCAGUGUACUGGUCCACUUUAAGUCCGACGACCUGAUCAGCAGCCGGGGCUUUUUGCUCGACUACGAAAGUGACAGCGGAGGCAUCAAGGUCAGCCACGAAGGAGGCUGCACCGUUACGUCAGGAUUUGAGAAUGGCACCGUGGCUACGCCCGACUACCCCGACAGGUACCCGGCCUCGGCCCACUGCCUGCUCGAUCUGGAGGCCCCGCGAGAGGCAAAGGUGGCGCUUCGGUUUGUCGACUUCUCGCUCGAACCGGACGUUGACUGCAACUACGACUUCGUCGAGGUUAUGGACAAACAUCAGGACGGUUGGCGAUCUCUGGGCCGACUGUGUGGGGACAAAGGCGAGAACGUAGAGCUGGUCACCUCGGAGAACCGCAUGCGGCUCACGUUCCGAACCGACAACUCAACCGAGUCUCGAGGCUUCAUGGCGAACUUCCACCUGGUAUUCCCGCAAGACAGACAGGAGGUGGAAGCGGGCAAUACUACGACCUUGCGCAAUAGGUCGCUGGUGCCCGCUGAUCAGCUGAUGCAAGAGAUCCCCAGCAGCGUGAACGUGGCCCAAGAUGACGAGGCAUUUCUCAACUGCAUACCCAAAGUGGCUGGAUCCAGCGUAACGUGGAUGAAGGACGGUGUAGUGCUGAACGGCACCGUGCCCCUGCCCCAACUGUACUCAGUUCCGCCGAACACUCUGUGGAUCCGGCGGAUGCAAUCGGAGCUUGCCGGCAGCUACAGCUGCGUGGUCAUCACGAAGUACCUGGAGGCCGUGUCCACGAGCGUGGUCGUCAUGGAGGGAACUAAGACGAGGGACGAGUGUGAAAUCCAAUUCGCCAAGAGUCCCAAGGACCAGGAGGUUCCCCAGGGAGAGACAGUCGUCAUGCCGUGUGCCGCCAACGUGCCUCAGCGACCUUCGACCGACGUCGAGCUAACGUGGCUGCGUAAUGGUUUGCAAUUCCCUACCAGCAACCGGUACCGGAAUCUAGGCUACGGGCUGGUUUACCAGCGAUGUCACGCCCGAGGACUCUGCCGUGUACACGUGCGUGGCCAAAGACCGCCACAACGGCUGCACCAUCCAGGAGUCCGCCCUGCUGACGGUGCUACCCAAAUCAAUAUCGAAGAGAUCUGCGGCAGUCCUGUGGUCAGCCGCCCCAACACGACGAAGUCGCAAGGCAAGAUUGUCGGCGGAGAGGACACGGUGAAGGGUGCCCAUCCGUGGCAGGUGAUGUUCUGGUCCCCGUCCUUGGCCAAGGCGUUUUGCGGAGGCACUCUGCUGAACGACCAGUGGGUGCUGUCGGCGUCGCACUGCUUCCAGCACGAGCUGGUCCACCUCGACGAAGUCCAAGUACGACUGGGCAAGUACGACCGGCUCGAAGACGAGCCCCAGCAGGUCGUCACCACGAUCGCCGACGUGUACUACCACCCGCAGUUCGACGCGAACACGUUCGACAACGACAUAGCGCUGCUGCAGCUCGCCGACCGGGUGAAGUUCACGGACUACAUCCUACCGGCGUGCCUGGGCGACGGCGGGGUCAUCGAGCGCGACCUCUUCAACUCGGGAGCCGUGCGCAAGGGCAAGGUCACCGGAUGGGGGCAGCUCGCCGAGAACGUCAACACGCUGCCCCGGUACCUGCAGGAGAUCGAGCUGCCCAUCGUGGACCACGAGGUCUGCAGGAACGCGACGGUGCACAAGGUCACAGAGAACAUGUUCUGCGCUGGAUACGCGCAGGAAAUUGUAGGCGACGCCUGCCAAGGAGACAGUGGCGGUCCGUUCGUGGUGCCGCACAAGAACCGCUGGUACAUCGUCGGUAUUGUCAGCUGGGGCGUCGGCUGCGGCCGCAGGGGCCAUUACGGAUACUACACCAAAGUCAACAAGUAUCACAACUGGAUAAAAGAGAAAAUAGUCUACUAGCAGCCUACU